UGGUCAUGCACGUAACAGCGAAAUGUUGCUACAAUUUUUACUGCUACACAAGAAAACCUCCUGUUAAUAUAAUAUAAUUUAUCUAAAGCCUUAACAUGAACCCAGGUAGAUGACGAAUUUGAGACUUAUCAAUUUUCGUAUUUUUGUACAAAAAUAUACAUUUAUGUCACAAUAACUGUUACGUAAUAUUAUUUUUUUUGAAAGAGAUACAAUAAAAUGACUUUAAAGAAAUUUAUUCUGAAGCAAUUACACUUUCUUUAUUGUUUUAUUGAAGGUCGUGUUACCAGUGCAAAAAGAACAUUUCCAUGGAGAUAUCGACAAUGUUAAACUAUGGCUGUCACAUGCGCGUGGAAAGUACGACAAGGUUACUCCUGAUCACGCUGAUAACAGUUGCAACCCUUGGCUUAUUUAUACAAACAAUUUAUCUACAUGGAGAAUUUCAUUCUAUGAAAGGGAUGUUGCCGGCAGAAUACUCGCUUGCCGGCAGAAGGAUAAUGUACGGCCGUUUAUUCUACGAUGGAAAAUUAUCGGAGGUGGAAAUAACAAAACCUAAAACGCCAUCCAAAGAAUAUUUGCCAUAUCAGGCAUUUGGAAGGGAGACAACUAUUGUGCGAUUUAAUGAAACAAUAAACAAUAUGUCAUAUAUAGUUUUUAAUGAAUUUAAACCAAAGACUAGCGGACAGAAGUACUAUCUAUAUAGACAUCCGACCAAGAUAUCUAGCAAUUACAACGGAAAUAUAUCAAAACAUGUUAACAAUCCAGGCGCCUUUUCCGUAGCUUCAGAUAAACGGAUCUACAUCAUGUCGGCAUUUGCAAGAAAAUUAGUGCAAUACCCCAAAGAAAGAACUCAUUUCAAACAAGGGGAUCCUAGCAAAGAAGAUCGAUUAAUCGUUCUUGUCGGCUGGUUGAACUACGAUCUAUUUAAUUCUUCCUUACAGUGUUGUUUGUUGUUGGGAAAUGACAGUAUCGUUUGUACUGAAAAUGCCAAAAGGGUAAUUUGGACUCAAGUCAAUAAACAACCGCUUAUGGCUGUUAAAUUCUUCUGUCCUGUUCCGGCAGCAUUCCUUGGCAUUCACGUGAAGGGAGCGACAAUGUCACUUCCGGGAGAAAGGUGUCUUAGUAAAAAGUUUGUGGCAGUGGAAUACUUAAAAAGACAGCCUCAAGACUCUAUUGCCGUAUGCGCUAAAAUUGUAUAUGGAACAAUGUCGUCACAGCGUUUGAUUGAGUGGUUUGAAAUUCAGAAAUUUAUUGGUGUGGAUAAAGUUUUGAUGUACUAUUAUAACCUUAACACCGAAACAACGAAAGUUCUACAGCGUUAUCACCAGGAAGGCUUUCUAGAUUUGCGGCCAUUCGACUUUCCUGAUGCUGACUCAAACUACCGUUAUGUUGGUCAGAAGGAGGCCCAGCCGUUUAUAGACGAGCAGGUGGUAUUGUAUGAGGCCAUGGAGAGGUUACAAGGUUAUACAUACACCGCUGUCAUUGACGUUGACGAGAUCAUAUUCGCCAGAACUAGUCACAAACAUAAUUUGAAAAGAUUUCUGGUUCAGUUAUUUCGUCGGUGUCCAGAUGCUGCCGGAUUCAGUUUUAGAACUGAGUUGUUUAUUACCGACUGGGAAAAUAAAGAGGACAUGGGACCGGAAAUGAACAUGUUUUGGCACACUAGAUACCAGAAUAGAACCCGUCCCUUAGAAGACCGGACAAAGAACAUUCUGGUGAUGAACAGGGUUAUCCUGGGCUCGGUGUGGACACAUAAUUAUACUGCCCUUCCACAAUACAAGAAAUUUCAAGUACCAGCUUCGAUGGGCACCUUGAAGCACUACAGACCGUGUAGGAAAAAUUGGCACUGCUUCCUUCGUCGGGGAUAUAGAGACCAAACAGUGGCCGCCUUGAUGGGCAAUAUCAAGCAGAUUAUUUCUAACAGGUUCAAUAAUCUGUUGGAUAAAAACACGCUGGAUGCCAUCAAAAGUAGAGUAAAAAAUACAACAUAUAUACACGGAGCAUCAGUACAUCUAACUAAAAGUAUAACAAAUAAAACAAGCUCUUUAUCAAGAAAAAAACCGUGAUAAAAAUGAAUAUUUAGAUAAAGUGCAUAAGUAUAUAAUAAUCUAAGUUAUCUGUCUAGUCAAGUAGUUCAGGAGAGUUUUACACGAGAGCACAGGAGAAUUUUACACGAGAGCACGAUACCACCUUUAUAACUAAGUCUUAUUUAGCUCACCUGAGCAAGAAGUGCACGGUGUGAGCUAUUGUGACCGCUCACCGUCCGUCGCCCGACCGUCCUUCCAUCCACACUCUUCUUCAAAUGACAUCUCCUCUGAAACUAAUUGUCAGAAUUUCACAGGAAUUCAGUCAGAAGCAUACUGACACGGUCCUAUUGUCAGAAUUGCACAGGAAUUCAGUCAGAAGCAUACUGACACGGUCCUCUAUCAAUACUUUUUAGGGGCUGCCAGAGGCAAAAAUAGAAAAACAUGUGAAAGACUUCUUCACAUGAACGGCUUGAUGGAUCUCCAUCAGUCUUUUUUCUGUGGUAUUGUUAUAAGGUCUUCUCCCAAAUAUUUUUUUCGAACUCGGGGCGGUUUGUCCCUUUUUAGGGGCAACUACAGCUUAAAAUAGAUAACGUUUCAUCGGAUUCUUCUCAUCGUUUGACGAUUGAUCAAAAUUGGUCUGUAGUAUCACUGCGCGGUCCG